AUGGCAUCGUCCCUGCCAGAAGCGCCGGAGGAGGACUGUGGAUGCGUCCGGCUAGAACCAAGAGAUGCAGCAGAAGUUGAGGGACAGAAAGAAGUGGCCAACCUUCCGGAGAGCCUGCCGGCCAAGAAGGAGACUUCAAAGAUUGUGUCGGCCGGUUGCGACAAUCCGGCCUCAAGUGUGGACUGGCCAUGGCUGGGGAAGGAGCUGGCAUCCUGGAGCCGCGGGCCGGCUCCGGACUCGCCCAUGCGCUGGAUGACCCUUUGUGUGGCAGCGAACUGGAUCGCGCGAACCCCGCAGGUGUGGGAAGGUUGCAUCAUUGGGAUCGCUUCUGCUGUGCUGCACUCGUCCUUUUGCGCCGAGCCCGGUCCGGAUCGGUCCUACCUUUUCCGACACGCCAUCGAGGGUGUCUCUUUGGAGGGAUGGGCAGGACUGGUCCUUGAAACUGACUGGCCAUUCUUUUCGCUGAUCGAGAGCCAUGCGCGGCUAAUGAAAGCUGGGUCGUGGACUGGACAGGAAGGGCUGUUCACCAACCAGGAGCUCCCAGCAUGCGGAGACCGGGGCGAAGAUCGCCCUGGUCACGAGCAAACCGUGUUUCGAGCGGCGACGCAAAUGGCUGAGAAAGGCCAUUUCCUGCUGGACGGGCCUGAAGUUGUCGAUGGCCUGAACGAGGCGUGCGGCCAACCCCUGCCGCAUGAUUUCUCCAGUGCCACGGCAUGCCUUCUCAAGGCUGCCGUUUCGCCAUCUGUGGCACGCUCUGCGCUGGUGUCAGCAGCAGAGGACGCGGUCAUGGGCUGCCUUGCAGGGAAGGCGCUGCUUCCGGCUUUGCUGCAGACGCCAUGGCCGCUUGCCACCCUGCUCAAGAUGCUGCAGCAGAAGUCAGCAGUGGCUCAAAGCCAGCCAGCUGCUGAGAACCGCGGGCUGACCUGGAUGCCAACCGACGCUCCAGGCGACUUCGCCACGGUUUGGGAGCAGAAGACUGAUGUGCACUACCCCUGGGUGCAGUUUGUGGCACGAGCGCUGGGGCCAGAGCAGCUGGUGCUGCCUUUGCCUUGGCCGCCCAACACCAGCUUCCAGGCGUUGAAGAACGAGGCGCUGAUGUUAUUGGAGCGCUUCGCUGUCACCAACUACCCGGGCCCAUCCAAUGACCGUGAGACAUGGAAGACGCUCUGUCUGGUCUGCAAAGACGGAUCACAAGACCCAACCACGGAGAAUGCGACGAAGUUUGCCCCAACCGAAGCGCUUCGAGAAGCCCCAGAGCUCCAGAAGUUUGUCGCACUGUUCGGAAAGACCGGUCGGGUGCGACUGAGCCUCCUCCUGCCAGGUGGAAUGAUCGGCUGGCAUCCGGAUGACGGAGUGCUGGAAAACGGCCGCUUGAUUCUCCAUGUGCCGAUCAUGACUAGUCGCGGAGCUUUGACCAGAGUCGGCCACCUCCUUCUCCAUGUUCCUGAAGGUGUGAUCCACUGGUGUGACUACUCGCUACCACACAGUGUCUUCAACGCAGACGAUGAGGUUCGCGUGCACUUGAUCAUUGAUGUCGUGGCGAGAGAUAAUGAGGACUUCCUGCGUAACUUCCUCGAUCCGAUGGAGCCGUCGCUGCGGGAAGCAUUGCUUGACAAUGCUUUGCCAGGGCUUCCUACAGACCCCGAG